CGCUGAGUUCGGCGGAGAAUUGCGAAGGCACCGUCGCUCUGGGAGAAGCCACCGGCUUCCUCUCAGCAGCAGGGGAGGUUCCGUAGUUGCCUAGUGAACGAGUGUAAACAAAAGUGUGGAAGCGCGUGCUGUUUGGGUGGUGGCUCGGUUAGGCCGUGGUCGGUGGGUUCUAGCGGCAGCCGCGACAAGGUUGAUGCUUCCUUACAGCGCACUCUUUUGCCUCAAGUAGGCUACGUCCUCCUCUUAACGUGAAUAGCGCAAGCUACGUGGAAAUACCCGAGAGGCAAAAAGAAAGGGAGCCCUCCUGCUGUAUGUAGAAAUAUACCUUUCUUACUAGAUGCUGAAGACUGAGAAUAUGAUGAGAACAGAAAUACAAAGAAAUCUCUCAAAGUGAAGUGAUAUAUAUAUAAGCAGGAAUUGCAUGGCAUGCAAGCUGCAAUGGAGGAGAUUCCAGUUAAAGUAGCAGUAAGAAUAAGACCUCUACUUGCAAAAGAAGUACUUCAUAACCAUCAAGUAUGUGUGAGAUUAAUCCCAAAUACUCAGCAAAUUAUAAUCGGAAAGGACCGUGUUUUCACUUUUGAUUUUGUUUUUGGAAAACAUUCAACCCAAGGAGAAGUAUACACAACAUGUAUCAAGCCAUUGGUGGCAUCUUUGAUAGAAGGAUAUAAUGCUACAGUUUUUGCCUAUGGACAGACGGGCUCUGGAAAGACUUACACUAUUGGAGGAGGUCAUGUUGCAACAGUUGCAGAGGAAGAGAGAGGUAUCAUUCCACGUGCAAUUGAGGAAAUAUUUCAGAUUGUUUCUGAAAACCAUAAUAUUGACUUCACUGUGAAAGUUUCGUACAUUGAGGUCUACAAAGAGGAACUCAGAGAUCUAUUGGAACUGGAGACAUCUCUGAAAUACCUACAAAUUAGAGAAGAUGAAAAGGGCAAUACAGUAAUUGUCGGUGCCAAAGACUGCCAAGUUGAAAGCGUGGAUGAGGUAAUGAGCUUGUUGGAAACUGGGAAUGCUGCUCGACAUACAGGCACAACCCAAAUGAAUGAACACUCUAGCCGAUCUCAUGCUGUUUUUACAAUCAGUAUUUGUCAACAACAACAACCUGUUCAGACUCAGAAGGAUACAGAUUCUGCACAGGAUUCAUCUCGAAAUUCAAGCCAGCUAAUCGCUUCUAAGUUCCACUUUGUUGACCUUGCUGGAUCUGAGAGAGUAACAAAAACUGGAAACACUGGUGAAAGGUUCAAAGAAUCAAUUCAAAUCAACAGUGGUUUAUUGGCUUUGGGAAAUGUGAUAAGUGCCCUUGGAGACCCAAAGAGAAAAAGUGCACACAUUCCAUACAGAGAUGCUAAAAUUACACGUAUUCUUAAGGACUCCUUAGGAGGCAAUGCUAAGACUGUUAUGAUAACUUGUAUUAGCCCAUCAUCCUCUGAGUUUGACGAAUCACUAAAUUCCAUCAAAUAUGCCAAUAGAGCCAAAAAUAUUAGAAACAAACCUAUUGUCAACUACAACCCAGACUGGGACUUAAUUGAUGAAAUGGAGUUUGCAAUCAAGAUACUUCGUGAAACUGUGCACAACCAGCAGGUUAGUGGACAGAUUCUUGGCAGUCAAGGGUCACAAGAUUUGUCUCAAGACAGAAACAGAAUCCGUUCUCUUGAAGAACAGCUUGCCCAGCUUCAAGUAGAAAGUUUUAACUACCGAAAUUGCAUAGAAGAGGCCAAUAUGCUCCUUGUUGAGUUAAAAAAUAAUGCUAGCCUAUCAAAAAGUCAACAUGAAAAAUUGCAAGAUUGGAUCUGUGUGGCUCAGGAACUCAAGAGAGAGGCCUCAGUUGUUCCCCAAGUAAACAGUGAAAGUGGAGGUAACCAAGAAGGACUAUGUCAUAUCACAAUUCUUCAGCUAAAGAGAGAGCUGAAGAAAUAUCAGCAGGCUCUUGCUACAGAUGCAGAAGUAUUUAGUGACAGAGAGAGUGAGAUAAAAGUAUUGCAAGAUCAAAUGCAAAAACUGAUAAAGGAGAACCAAGAAUAUCUGGAAUUGCUGAAGGAGGCACAGGAGACAAACAGGCUACAGAAUGAAAAAAUGGUGGAGCAGCAGCUUACAAUUGACCAGCUAAAUGACAAGGUAGAGAAAAUGUCAAAAGCCUGUACCCCCAGUGAUGGCUAUGGAGAUGGACCAGCAACUGUAAUAUAUACAAAAAGGCCUUACAGUGUUCCUCUAACUAAACGUUUGGUGCAGUCCAUUAAUGCUCCAGUAGGAUUGGAUUCUCGAAAGGUACACACAAGCCCUCCCACAUAUACCCUUAACAGAGUAAUGGCUGGAUUUCGAACACGUAGCCAAAUAAUGUUAGAUCAUAUAGAAGAACAAGAUGAAGUUCUUCAUUGCGGUUUUUCUGAUCACAGUGAUGAAGAUGAAAGAAAUGCCAAGAAUAGAAAGAGAACCCCAUUUAGACGGUCCUUAAAUCGUACAUGGACACGAAAACAGGUUCCCCCCAGCUCUGCACUUGAACAGAAAGAGAUGCAGCACAAUUCUAGUUCAAAAAAUGAAAACAUUUUACAGAUGGAAACUGUUACAGGUGCUGAUAUUGAAUGUAUCCAGAAGAGUCAAAUACUAAAUAUGCAGAAGUUAAAGAAUUCUGAACUAAAGCUUAUUGCUGCUAAGCAAAAAAUGAGUGAGCUUGCACUUAAUAUCAGAAUGAAGGAAGAACUUAUUAAAGAGCUGGUGAAAACAGGUAAUGAUGCCCGAUCUGUAAGUAAACAGUAUUCUCUGAAAGUAACAGAACUUGAACAUGAAGCAGAGCAGGCUAAAAUGGAUUUAGCUGAAACACAGAAGCAAUUGCAGGAGCUAGAGAACAAGGGACUAAGAGACAUUACUGAAAAAGCCAGGUUACAAAAAGAAUUUAGGAAGAAGAUGGAUGCAGCAAAGCUAAAAGUGCAGGUCUUGCAAAGAAAACAGCAGGACACUAAGAAGCUGGCAUCGCUGUCCACCCAGAAUGAGAAACGGGUAACCGAAGUGGAACAGAAUGUCAGUCACAUGAAAAAUCAACAAGCUCAAUUACAGAAAAGAUUGCGAGAAGAGAGUGAAAAAAAGAAGAGCUUGGAGGCAGAAAUUCAGCAGGGGCAACUGCAGAUUAAGGAACUUCAAGAAAAGACAGAACAUCAGGAGAAGAUUCUAAAACUAAAAGAUGAAGAAAUUGCUGAAUUUAAGAAGAAACAUUCAUCUGAAACCACUCAGCAGCUGCAGAAAUUAGAAGAGAAAAAGAAAUGGCUGGAUGAAGAGCUAGAGAAGGUUUUGCAUCAGCGUCAAGAGUUAGCUAAUCUGGAGGAAGAUUUAAAGAGAAGAGAAGCUAUCAUUUCCAAGAAGGAAACGCUAAUGCAAGAGAAGAGCCAUUUGGAAAUUAAAAAACUGAGAUCCAGCCAGGCCCUCAGUAAAGACAGUUUAAAAUUAUCUACCCGUCUGAGCAUACUGGAUCAGGAAUUAUGUGACAAAAAUAUGCAGCUUCAGAGCAGCACCACUGAUGAGCAAGGAAAGAUCUUGAAAGAGGUUCAGGCUCUACAAAAGGAAAAAGAUCAGCUGUUGAAAAGAAGGAAUAGUGUGGAUGAGAAACUGAAGAAUGGCAGAGUGCUAUCACCAGAAGAGGAACAUACUCUAUUUCAGCUUGAAGAAGGGAUUGAAACCUUGGAAGCGGCCAUUGCUUACAAGAAUGAAAGUAUCCAAAAUCAUCAAAACUCAGUCAGAGCCUCCUCUCAAAUCCUCACCCAGAGUGAGGCCAAUGUGAUGGGCAAGUUGGUCUCCUUGUCUGCUACAGAGCUGAGAGCAAUUCUUUUAAAAUAUUUUAAUAAGGUUGUCAGUCUUCGUGAGACUGAGCGUAAAUUGCAAUUGCAGGCUGAAGAACUGGGAAUGAGGGUACUGGAACAAGAAAACAUAGUACGGGAACUGGAAUUGGCACUUGAACAUCUCAUGCUUCAGUGUGACAGGCGCCUGACCCUCCAACAGAAAGAACAUGAGCAAAAGAUGCAAUUAAUAUUACUUCAUUGCAAAGAACAAGAUGGGGAAAGUAUUGCAGAAACUCUUAAGACAUAUGAAGCUAAAGUCCAACAACUGGAAAGAGACUUGUUCUUCUAUAAAAAAACGAGCCGAGAAUUAAAGAAGAAAUUAAAGGAACUAGCUGGAGAAUCAGUAUACCCUCCUCUGACACAAAGUAAUUGUUCUAAUGAUGGGAUACUGAACCAAGAAGAAACAAGUGCCUUAUCAGAAGAACCCAAAUGGAUAUCCAAAUCAGUAGGGACAUUACAAGAAAUAAACUCCCAAGUAGGAGCUCAACAAAAUUCACAAAAAUUUGAAGAGGAAGCUGCAGAACUGGUAUCUGACAUAUCCAAUAAUCAUGAAGAGCAAGCUGGAAAAGUAUGGCAGCCUGCAAAAUCUCAUCCACAAUGUCAUUCUCAGGCAAAACAGACUGUGACACAGCUUCAACGAGUAACCCCCGUAAAACUUUCUCGCAAAGAAUUGCGUUUUAUACCUGCUUCUGAGCUUUCAUCAAGGCGCUCGGGCCUUACAGAUGGUAUAAAUUCUGUUCCUGCUGAUUCUAUUGAAAUGUCUAGAAAUUCUAACUAUAAUAUAUAAUUAUCCUUCUAAUGAUUUGAAAACAAUUACACAGUUCUCUUUAUUUCAUUUAUUUUAGGCAGCUAUGAUAUUUAUGAGUUAUUUCUAGUUGCAGUGUCUCACACUGCAGAUCAUUUAUUAAUCUCCUGUAGAAUUCUAAGGUCUUAAUGGCACAGUGAUGAUACCCAGGGUUGAAAGCAAAGGACAUUUUGUCCUUUGAAGAAUUAAAUUAGUUUUAUUGUACUGAUUACUUCUUUAGAAUUAGCAUGGAUUUUUAUUCCAUGUCUUCAUAACUGUAUCUUUAUCUCCUGUAGUGCAAAUAAUCUUAGGGCUGGGUAACAAAUAUAUUUUUAUCUGCAUUGGUUAUCAUGACCAUACCUGAGUGCAUAUUUAUGAGGAAAAACAUAAUGUACAAAAACAAUUAGUUACACAAGUACUUCCUCUGAUUGUAUAGCUUGGGGGGAAAAUCACAUUAUGUUAAGUGCUGCUGAUUAGAUUUGUUAUUGGUCAUUUUUACACAUUAUUUGUCCAUAUCAACAUGUGAGUGGUGAUGGUCUGGAGCACUCGCAUGGACAAAAACAAAUUGCAUAAACUGGCCUGUUGUGAUUAAGGUCUUCAUAGAUACAUUUGCAGUACUUGACUUCCUAAUUUUCUCCAAUCCAUGCACACUUACUCCAAAGUUUAUGACAAAACACUUUUGUGCUAGCCGAAGCUUUGAACUGCAAAUAUCCUUCAAAAACAAAACAUUACAUUUUUUUCUGAGGAAGAAAGUAAUGUUUUAGAAAAAAUGGUUUUGUUCAUAGCAUAUUCAUUUUAAAUAUGAGUUUCAGUCCCAUUUUCUUUCUCUUGCUUAAAUGACUGUUAUUAGGUGGCUUUGAGACUGCCCCUAGCAAUUUCUGUGUUUAGGCUUUUUUAUGGAGAGCAUUUUCUUUCCAUAAUAGUCAGAACUAUUAUUUUUAUUGGCUCCAGGCAGGGUGGGUAUAUUUAAAUCAAGGCCAUUUAAAUCAGUGAUGUAAAUCAUUAUUUAAAUUGACAAGAAGAACCCUUGAUUUAAAUCAGAUUUGUCCCUUAUAAUUCUUUUCUAUUCUGUCUCCAACUGACUUUUUCUAUAUUGUCUCUGUCCUAAUUCCUUUCCCUUUUGUGGCUCAGCUCCACCACCACAUAAGCUCAGAACAACAAUCUCAUUCCCAUCCAGGCUGUGUCUUUGCACAUGUAACUUUAGUCAGAGAAACAGAAAUUGAAAGUCCAGAAUUUCCACGAAGCAAGAAUAUAUAGUUAGGGUAGGCAGAGCCAUUUUCAUGAGAUGAAAAACAGAAAAUGAAUGCCCACAUUUGAUUGGUAUGUAACUCUCUGUGUGUGUGUGUGUGUGUGUGUAAGACCCAUUAAUUCAUUUUAUUGAACCUGUAAGUGUAGAUUUAGCAUGUAAAAAGAUAGCAUUGAAUGGGAGAAAAAAUUACUAUUUUUUUUAAAUCAACAAAAUCUGAUUUUGUUUAAAUCACUGGUUUUUAUCCACCCUGGCUCCAUGUAAAUCACACUCUGCUGUCAGAGCUGGCUAGAGUUAAUUCACUUAUCACUAACAUAUGUAGAUAUGCUGUCAGUUAACUGUCUUCCUUAAGUGCAAUAAAAACUUACCCUGCUAUGUAACGAAUAGCUGUAUAUCUCUUAAAGUCAGCCAUCCAAUUAUAUAUUAGAACACUGCUUUGUAAUAGUCCUGGUGCUGAUCUAACACUGCAGGUAAAUGAACCAGUAGGCUUGCAGGGUUCGUGUACUCUCUCUUCACCACUCUCAUAAACUAUUUACAUAUUCUUCCUAUGUUGCCUUCU